CGCAGCGGGGCGGCGAAACUAACCACGAACUAAACAGAAGAAAAAAGAUGGCCGCCGCGAGGCUGCCGUGAAGGGGCCGCGUCGUCGCUGCUCGCGCUCGCGGAAAUGGGACGUUGCGACAUCCGAGUGUCAUCCGUCGUUCGCAGUGCCAAGUGUCGGGCGAGUGGUGGUGAAUCGUCGGCGAGGGUGACCGGUGACGUGCCCGAAGGGUAAAGCGGAGGGGGCAAGCGGGUUGAGACUGGAGUGGAGUGGAAAAGCGGAGCGCGGUAGCGCACCGCGCCGCGCUGCACUCGUCGCGCGUUGCAACAACGACGACGGUGACGAGGCGAGAGACGACGGCGACGGCCGCAGCGGCGACGAGGAGGACGGAGGGAAUAACGACGAGGACGAGGACGACGACGACAACGACGACGACGGCGGCAACGGUGGCGGCGACGGCGAGCCAGCCAGAGACGCGCGAGAUGGCAUCCGAUGGCAGGAUGGAAUGGGUGGAGAUCAUAGAGCCACGCACGAAGGAGCACAUGUACGCGAACCUGACCACGGGAGAAUGCGUAUGGGAUCCUCCACCGGGUGUACCUGUGAAAAAGACGGAUAACAAUCAGUGGUGGGAGCUGUUCGAUCAGAAUACCUCGCGGUUUUAUUAUUACAACGCGACAUCUCAGAAAACCGUGUGGCACCGCCCGACGGACUGUGACAUCAUCCCGUUGGCGAAACUUCAGACGCUAAAACAGAACACGGAACCUGCAAGCGGUAGCACAUCUGAUACUCAAAAGGUAACCGAGCCGAGAAAGAAAGAAUCCGUCUCGACGCAGACGCAAACUCCUUCGGUUAGUCGAUCGACGCGAUUUAACCAUCAGGAGAAUGCGAAUUUGACUCCGACACUGCAAGCUCUUUCUCUCGGUAGUGCGAACAAAACGCGGACUUCUACGGUUGGCGUCGACCUUCAGACUUCUCCCCCUUCCCCGUCUCCGUCCGCGAGACGACACCAUCAUCACCAUCAUCACCACAAUAACAGGCAUCACAGGCACCAUGAAGUACCCACGACACGUACCAGACAACACAAUCACUCGCAGGAUUCUGGUAGAUCCAGCGACAGCUCUGUCUCGCACAGUAGGACUUCCUUGGAGUCAACCGGUUACCGUUUGUUGGACUCGCCACACAGGCAUCAUCGUUCGGUCGCGCAAACGCCGGUGAACACCGCACAAUCCUCCCCUAGGCAGCACAGUAGCGGCACCGGCACUCUGGAGACUAGGUGUCACAAGAGCGGAACUCUCGAAAGUGUGAAAAAUCAGAAGUCUGUAUCGCUGGUGGGAGAACCACCGCCACUCGGUCUGUCGCUUUCGACCAGCACACCCCUAUUUAAGAAGAAGACCUUCACCGACCCGCAACGCGAAGGUAGGGCUGGAAACUUGGACCUAGACAAAAGUAAAAAUGGUAGAGAAAGUAGUAGAGGCUCGUAUGGUCCCGAGCCGAGUACAUCGCCAUAUCGCGAUUCUCUGAUGGAAUCUCGAGUCUUCAGGCAGGAAAUGCCACCGUAUCGUCCGCCUGAGGUUCAACUUAGCCAUAGUUACAAAUCACAAGGCGAGAAGUAUGGUUCCUUAAUGGAGAGUGGCAAUCGUUACCAUAGGGAUAGAGAGCGAGAGAUGCAGCAGCAGCAUCAUCGGGAACGAGUCAAUAGUCUCGAUAAAACGAACCCGCCAGCCUUUUAUCCGAGUUCCAUGCACUCGAGAAAUAUGAAUAAGCAGCCGCAGGAUGGUACGGGUAGCAUAGGUAGAAGGCAUCACGGAUGUUCCGCGUCGCUUUCGGAAGCGAAUGUCAGGGAUGUGUAUGGUGCAAUGUUGUCCGAGAGAAACGAUCCUGCCAAGAGUCUCGGUAGGGUCGCUGGCGUACAUAGCGGUAAUACGUCGAAGCAGCGAGGAGGUCUCGAAGCGGUGGAGCGGGAGAGAGAGCGAGAGCGCGAUAGGGAAAAGGAGUACAGGCGAAACACAGCGUGCAACAACUCACUCGACUGUGUGCCGCAGCCGUUGGGUCGAAGUUACAGUUUCGUGCAACAGCAGAAGCAACAGCAAAAAAUGCAGCAGCAGUUACAUCAACAGCAGCAGCAGCAACAACAGCAACAGGCUAGAAGGAGAGAGCGAGACGAUGAUGCUAUGCACGAACGUUACUUGAUGAUAAGUCAAACCCACGAACAAACUAGACAAAGACUCAGUAGUAAUACUAGCA